CCCGCCGGCCGGGCGCUGCCCCGUGGAUGGGCGGCGGGGGCCCCGCUCGGCGGCGCUGGCGGACGCGGCCGCGGUGGCGACCCGGCGGGGCGCGGAGCCGGCGGCCGCCAUGGAGGGCCUGGCGGGCUACGUGUACAAGGCGGCCAGCGAGGGCAAGGUGCUGACCCUGGCCGCGCUGCUGCUCAACCGCUCCGAGAGCGACAUCCGCUACCUGCUGGGCUACGUCAGCCAGCAGGGCGGCCAGCGCUCCACGCCGCUCAUCAUCGCCGCCCGCAACGGCCACGCCAAGGUGGUGCGCCUGCUGCUGGAGCACUACCGCGUGCAGACGCAGCAGACCGGCACCGUGCGCUUCGACGGGUAUGUCAUUGACGGUGCCACCGCGCUCUGGUGUGCAGCAGGCGCUGGGCAUUUCGAAGUUGUUAAGCUUCUCGUCAGCCACGGAGCCAACGUGAACCAUACCACAGUCACUAACUCGACACCCCUGCGGGCAGCCUGCUUUGACGGCAGGCUGGACAUUGUGAAGUACUUGGUGGAGAACAAUGCCAACAUCAGCAUUGCCAACAAGUAUGACAACACCUGCCUGAUGAUCGCAGCGUACAAGGGACACACCGACGUGGUGAGGUACCUUCUCGAGCAGCGUGCCGACCCUAAUGCCAAAGCGCACUGCGGCGCCACAGCGCUGCACUUCGCCGCGGAAGCUGGCCACAUAGACAUCGUGAAGGAGCUGAUAAAAUGGCGCGCUGCUAUUGUGGUCAACGGCCAUGGGAUGACGCCGUUGAAAGUCGCUGCCGAGAGCUGCAAGGCAGAUGUUGUCGAGCUCUUGCUCUCUCAUGCUGAUUGUGACCGAAGAAGUCGGAUCGAAGCUUUGGAACUUCUGGGUGCCUCCUUUGCAAAUGAUCGUGAGAACUAUGACAUCAUGAAGACAUACCACUAUUUGUACUUAGCUAUGUUGGAGAGGUUUCAAGACGGUGACAACAUUCUUGAGAAAGAGGUUCUGCCACCGAUCCACGCGUAUGGGAACAGAACUGAAUGUAGGAAUCCUCAGGAACUGGAGUCCAUUCGCCAAGACCGAGAUGCUCUUCAUAUGGAAGGCCUUAUAGUGCGCGAACGGAUUCUAGGUGCUGACAACAUCGAUGUUUCCCAUCCUAUAAUUUACCGGGGAGCUGUUUACGCGGAUAACAUGGAAUUUGAACAGUGUAUCAAGCUGUGGCUGCAUGCCCUGCACCUCCGGCAGAAAGGCCACCGGAAUACCCACAAGGAUCUUCUUCGCUUCGCUCAAGUUUUCUCCCAGAUGAUCCAUUUGAAUGAGACUGUGAAGGCCCCAGACAUCGAGUGUGUUUUGCGCUGCAGCGUUCUGGAAAUAGAGCAGAGCAUGAACCGGGUCAGAAGUGUCCCUGACGCCGAUGUCCACAGUGCCCUGGACAACUACGAAUGUAAUCUCUACACCUUCCUGUACCUGGUGUGCAUCUCCACCAAGACCCAGUGCAGCGAGGAAGACCAGUGCAGGAUCAACACGCAGAUCUACAACCUCAUCCACCUGGACCCCCGCACGCGUGAGGGCUUCUCGCUGCUGCAUUUGGCCGUCAACUCCAACACGCCCGUCGACGAUUUCCACACCAACGACGUCUGCAGCUUCCCCAACGCCCUGGUCACCAAGCUCCUGCUGGACUGCGGUGCGGAGGUGAACGCCGUGGACAAUGAGGGCAACAGUGCCCUGCACAUCAUCGUCCAGUACAACAGGCCCAUCAGCGACUUUUUGACCUUGCACUCUAUCAUCAUCAGCCUGGUGGAAGCUGGCGCCCACACGGACAUGACCAACAAGCAGAACAAGACCCCGCUGGAUAAGAGCACGACGGGGGUCUCCGAAAUCCUCCUCAAAACUCAGAUGAAGAUGAGUCUCAAGUGCCUGGCUGCCCGAGCAGUUCGGGCCAAUGACAUUAACUACCAAGACCAGAUCCCCAGAACUCUUGAAGAAUUUGUUGGAUUUCAUUAAGUGACUGAAUCUGUAAAAUUGUUUAAUGUGGUGCUACAAAGUAAAGGACUUUAAUCACAGACAAUAGUAAUUAUGUGUUCAUAAAUUUUGCUUUUCUGUCUGUUACCUUCUUCCCCAACAUCCUUCCUUUCAUUUGGUCUUUUUGCCUCUUCUGGUGAUGGAUCUUCGAGUACACUUUAAACAAAGCCACGUUGUCCAGGUGUAAUAUAACCUAAGGUGUUUGGGUAUUGGUCACUUAACUGUUCUCUUUUUUUAAAAGGAAUAUAAAAUAUUUUAUGUAACAAGGGAUGGUUAUGAUUUGAAGUUGAUAAUGCUUUUAAAAAUCUGCCUGCGAGAGUGUUUCUGUUAGGCCCGUGUCAGCGUGUCAUCCUUGGCGCGGCUGGAGGCUCGCAUGCGGAGGCCUGGAAGGAGUGUUAGGGUGUUGGGCCCCUGGGUGUUCUGCGCACGCCGCCCUGAUGGAGGUGGGUUUCACUUCCCAUUAUCUGGUGUGUUUGACACAUUAUAACCUUUGGAGGAUUUAAAAAAAAAAAAAACAACAGAGCUGCAGAUGAAUUGACAAAAAUGUACUGAUUUAUUAAUCGUUAUAGUUGAAAAUUCAAUCCACUGAGGUUGCUGCGUUACGCUGGUGGUGUGUGCAGAGUGAAGCUACUCUUAGCUUUUUAGAGAAUAUUCAUGGACUACUAGCCUUCGGGCUUGGAUUCUAAAAUUCUUUGAAAUCUCUGUUUUAAUGUAAUUUAUCUGAAUUGCAGCAGUCUGCAUUUUAACUUAGCUCACAGACAUUAAAAACUAUGAAUGCUGUAUUUUCUUAUGAAACAAAUGCUCUCCAUAUAGUUAUUAAUUCUAUUUUUGUCCCUUUCCUGCCCCUAUUCCUCUUGUGUGAUACUUUUAGAAAUUUGGAAAUUGGUUUUCCAGAGGGCAUUAUUGUUGCCUCCCUUUAAGGUGUAUGUGACAGAUGAAAAGGAACCAGGAUAUUUAAAAAAAAUUUUUUUUUUAACUUUCUUAGUCUGAUAAGAAGUAGAAAAAUGACCAGUGUGGUAUACAUAGGAAAUGAAAUGUUUCUGAUAAUGAAAAUAAUUUGCAGUGCCACUUAGGAAAGUAUUUUAGUCCAAGGGCCGCACAUUUGCAAACAUACAAUAUCACUUCUCUUAACAGCCUGUGAAGAGGUCUUUGAUGUAUUUUUUUUCUCUUUCUGUUUUAAUGGCAACAUUUAACUGUCAGUUUUAAAAAAGCAUAUUCUGUGAUUAUCUUUGAAGCAUCGCAGAAAUUCAAGUGAAAGGUACAUACCUAUUUCUCUUGAUGUGAAAACUAAAGGGUAAAAUGCGAUAGAUCUGUAUUUCUCUAGUGCCAAAUGAUUGCCUUAGUUAUUCCAGUUCAUGGGUGUGAGUUCAGACAGGCAGCUCCCCUCCUUGAGAGUGUUCAGACAGAGCAGCAGCAGCAGCAGCCAGAAACUUCCAGAACCAACCUGUGCCAGUGCCAGCCACCAUCCGCUGUAUGGAGAGAGUGAAUAUUGCCUUGUGGCAGUCAGAGAAAGACCCACAGCUGAGUCAGUCUAGAACAUCCUGACCCAGCACCAGCCUCGCAGGCCUUGAUGCCUUGGAGAUACCCGGAGGGAGGGGGGAGGGAGCGGGAGUGGGGAGCCCCGGCCCUUGCUUUCCUCAGUGGUGCGGGGUGGGGACUUCUGCAGUGACUGAACUUCUACUGCUCGUGUCUUCUUGCUUAAAGUGAGGAAUAUUUUGAUGGUAAAUUCUGCCUUUCAGUUUUCUAACCAGAGAUCUGUGUUGGGAAGGUUUUAGAAUGACUUAAAGGGAGAGAGUUGAGCUGCCCCUAGUGUUCCUGGUGUAAACCACGGAAUGACUGUACUUGGCUUUUGGCCUUGCGCAGGGCCUGGAAGAGAAAGAGGCACAUCUCAGGGUGAGCGGGUCACUCCUUCCUCUGCUCGCUCCGACCCCGAGUUUCCCAGCCGCCGACAGUCCGAGGAAGGCCCAUGGUUCUCAGAAUCUAGUGGUUCCAUUACUAAUGUGAUGAUCGUUAAACACCAAAACUUAAAACGUAUCCGAUAAUGUUGCAUGUUGAAAUAAAAACCAUCUCAUCCUUUCGGCUACCCAGGACGAGCACCACUUUAGAUAUUGCUUAUUUAUCAAAGGGAGGAUAGUGAUUCUAUGUACAUAUUCAGACAUCAAAAUUAAUGACAUUCAGUAUUUUGGAGAAGGGACCUGAAUGCUGGAGAGUAAAAUUACUGGUUGAAUGCUGACUAAGUUGGAGAAAGAAUUUGAAGACCGUGGGAUAACCUAUGAACUCUGCUAAUGGUAAUUGAGAUUUCAUUUUUUAAACUAUAGUAUAGCAGUACAUUGUGCACUGAUUGCUAAGGGUCUAUUCUGUCUUGUAAAAUAAAUCCAAAUAUGUAUCGUGAAACACCUGUAUAAAGCCAUUUUUAAAACAAGUGAGCUACGUGCCUGUUUCUUUGUUUUUCGUAGAAUUAUUUUAAAAUAUGUUUAGCCAGAUACUUCUUAAGUUUUUUCUUUUUAAGGGAAAUUAAAUCAGUAAGAAAGAUGGUACUUAUCUCAGCCCUCAGAGACUCGAAGCCGUUUCUGUUUUUUAGCUGCUUUGACCAUAUUAUGUUUUUUAUUGGUAGAAUCAUGCUUUGGGUUGUGAGUUUUCUUUGAUAACACUACGAAUGCAAUCAAAACUUUUUGUCUUAGUAAUUGUUCUGUAAAUCUGGUGAACUAGAGAGUUUAUGUCUGGACUGAUUCAGGCCUGGGUGAACAGUGUGAAAUGUAGGACGUGGGUUUCCACGCUCCUAGAGAGUUGGCGAGACGGAGCUUCCUUUAGAUAACUAAUUCAGGGAGGAACGGGCAGCAGUGGCACCCUUUAAUCUAGCAGGGGUUUUUUUUUGUUAUUGUUGUUCUUGGUUUUUGGGUUGCACCCAGCGGUGCCCAGGGCUGACUCCUAGCUCUCCACUCAGGAAUCGCUCCUGGGGUGCCAGGCAGACUGUGGGAUGCUGGGGAUUGAACCCGGGCCUGCCUAGUACAAGGCAAAUGCCCUCCCCUUUGUGGUAUCACUCCGACCAAAUUUGAAGAAGCGGAAAUCCAGACACAGCAGAGCCCCCCCUCUCCCCUGCUCUCCUGCUGCCCCCGGCCACUUUGCUCUGGGCUCUUGAAACACCUGAACUGCAAGCUUCACUCUUGUUUGUUUUGCGGGGAGGGUUCCAACCUGUGGCAGCUGAGAGAGAAGUGACUGGGAGGAACUCGGGUGUGAGUGCCUUUCAGAGCGAAAUGUGGGUGGGCAGCCUAAGCAGCUUUUUAGGAAUGUUCUUGAAAAUUGUUUUUAGGAAUGUUCUUGGAAAUUGAUUCCAAGGGACCAGCACCCUGCCACCCGUCCCUGGCACCCACCAGGCAGCUCCUUACGAAGAAAGACCACUCUGGGUUGGAGGACGGGGUGCUGGCCCCUGGGUCCCCGUUGGCUGGCUUGGGAAGCGGCUGCCAAAAGUGAGUAGAUGGGUAAAAGUAGCAAGAACUUGCUUUUACGAUAGAUUUCCUGUUUUUCAGAAAUGUUCCUUUUCAGGCUACCCUCUGGACCAGUGUGCAGGUGAAAUUGUUUUCCUUCUGACUAGACUGUGAAUCAGGUAACGGGAUGCAGGAUGCUGCCUUUGCUCUCCUGCAAGUUGUGCCCCAUGCAAACUGACGCUGUCCAUUCCUGUGGGGAAACGGCUGCUUGGCUCCGCGCUGUCCCCUGGGAAGGGGGCAAGCCCCUAGUUCUGCAGCCCCUGCCGGAUUUCACAGACAGCUUGGCCCAGGUCUUCUCAUGGGCUGGGCGGGCCAGCACCCCCUUCCCCAAAGCGACCAGAAGUAACUCCUGUGCUGAUAGUGGUGAUAAGUACAUUGAUUUUUAAAACCGUCAAGUGAAUGUGGUCUCUAGCCCUAGGUUUGUGGCGUGUCCCUUUGUGUCCAUGUGUAGGGAAGGUCCAGUGGAUCAUGGUCGUGGGGAGUGUGUCUCUUGAUGUGCAUCCAGGGGUGAGUAUUGAUGAAUUAUUAACAGCUUUUCACUUAGGCCGAGUCAUGUGAUGAAUGGCCUGGUAGGAUAAAAGGAGCAAAGAUUGCGAGCCGAGAGAUGAAGUGAGGGUUUGUAUUUAAUUUACCAGGUUGUGUACAAUUUGUGCAUGGCUUUUUUUCGUUGUUGCUUAAUAAUUGGUAGAGGUGAAGAGAUGAGAGAAAAAAAACCUCAGCUCUCCUAAACAGUUUGUUCAGAGGUACCUCUCUGGGGAGUAAAAUCUCCCUGCCCUGAUGUGUUAAAAAGACCCUCUCCUUUACGAUACUCACCCCGUCCCACUGUCCUGCAGAGAAGAGCAUUGUCCUAUCCUAGUGGUUCAUUGUGAGUCAUGACAGACCAGUGAUGUCAUUCUGUUGGGCACUUUUGUCAGACCAUGUACGUGACUUUAAUAAACAUAGUAACCUUGCUGGCUGCAUCAGA